UUUGUAGAUAACGUUGUAAUGGAACUGAAUGUUGUUCCCCAAAUUCCAGGGAAAUGCUGUUCAAGUUCUCAACAUUGGAAGUUCCUAGAGCAGGAUUCCAUUCGUUAUCGCCGGUUUAUAUGCCCAAUGUUGACAUUAUGAACAUAAUCCUCAUGAGCGCCUCCAUGCGAGCCUGCUGCGUUCUGCCACCUCGUGUUUGGUACACACCUUCGCUGUUUGCCGAUGACGUCAUAGCAAUGAGGCCAUUCGAGGUCAUUAGGAGAAAAUACAUGAACAGAUGGAUGCCGGCAACUAGUCGUCUCGAACACGUUUUGGUCCCGGUGUGCAAAAAAACAUACACCUGGUACCUGAUGGUCGUGGACGUUAAGCAUGGGAGGGUCUACUACCUAGAUGUGACAAGAGCUCCAGAGCACAAGGAGCGGAGGGAACGGAACAUGCGAACCAUUCUACUGUUGCUCGCCCAGUUUUUCAUGCUGGAAUCUAACAUGCUGAGCUUUUCCCAUGUUAGUGCUGAUCCGACCACUUGGGGACCAAUUAAGUAUCCCGAUGGAGUCCCAAGCUACCAGGAAUGCGAUGAUUCAUGUCUGUGGAUUUUGAACUGGAUCCAAACAGAAGGCAAAUUCAAAGUUUCAAACCUUCCCUGGCAGGUUCGUCCUCCAUUAUGUUAGCAUGUUGUGUCUCUACGAAGGAGUACAUGCAUUUUGACCCUAUGUUUUCCUUA